ACAAUAAAGUUCCGACACAAAAAAAGGAGAAAUAACUUGUCGCCGGAUGAUGACGUCACUGUAGGACUUCAUGAACGCCAUGGCAGCUCAUGCUAGCGAGCUUGAGAUUGCAAAGAAGAACUUGACUGACGCGAUUGGCGAUAAUGUCAAGCAUUACUGGGCAAACCUGAAGCUGUGGUUCAAACAGAAGAUCAGCAAGGAGGAGUUUGACAUUGAGGCUCGUCGCCUGUUGGCACAGGAGAAUGUCCACGUUCACAAUGAUUUCCUCCUGGCCAUUCUCACACGCUGCCAGAUCAUCGUCUCCACACCAGAGGGCGCUGGGCCAUUACAGUGGCAAGCUGGUUCUGCAUCAAAGCCUGGCAAACCAAAGGGGAAGAAGAAAUGUUCCUCCAGACAGAAAUUUGAUCAUCGUUUCCAGCCCCAGAACCCUCUGAGCGCUGCCCAACCUUUCAGCCCGCGGGAGGUGGGAGGUGAGGAGGAGGAGCUGCGUCUCAGCGCCCACACUCUGCUGCUGCCCACACGGGGCCAGCUGGAGGCCCGCAUGAUGGUGACGGCCUUUGAGCUGGGCCUGGAUAACAUCACAGACGAUGCCGUCAGCAGCAUGAUCUAUGCUGUUGAGCACCACUUAAAAGACGUCCUGACUGCUGUAAUCACCCGGAGGAAGGCGUAUCGUUUACGAGAUGGUCACUUCCCGUAUGCCUUUGGCAGUGAUGUCACACCGCAGCCUUAUCUGAAGAACAGCCUCGCUGCUUAUCACAGUGUUACAGAAUGUCCCCCUCCAAGUGCUUCCCUCCCUGCUGGCCCAGCACCUCAGGUGUCGCCUGAUGAAGCAGAACAACAAGCUGUUCACUUAUUGGCCUGUUCUGCUGACAUGCUCCCCGCACCCCUCCCUCCGAUCAGCAUAUUUGAUCUCCUGGAGGCUUUACAGGUUCACCGCGGUGUAAUGCCCUCCCACACGAUGUAUGCCCUGAACAUGGAGCGCAUCCUGUCCCGGCUCUGGCACCCCAGCCAUGAAGAACUAGAGCAGGACCACGUACACCGGCAGCGCCUCUCUGCAAAAGACGGCGUGCUCGUCAGCUGAGACCCACUGACACAGGACCGAAUAUAAACAGUGGAAACCAUCAGGAACUAAAUGCAAAAAUAAACCCCGCAUGGAAUUGGAUGGGGAACAAUGUGUCCAGUGUGUGAGUGGAGCGGGAUGAAACUAAGCAGUUGGACAGUGGACACAGAGUGGGCAGUGCACUCCAGCCACCAGCCAAUAGCUGGCAAAUUAGCACUGUAGCUGUUUUAUUGGCGUCUGUUCCAUCAACCACUUUGGCAGUCAACACACAAUAAUUUGGAACUUCUGUUAUCAAGUGAGAAUCUGAUUUGGUGGUAAAAUAUUGAAAGUUUUGGGGAUAUAUCAGCAGCUCGUGAGCUCUGGACAGGAAAAUAAUGCACUGUGUUAAUGUUUAAGCGUAUCAUGUUUGUGGGUAAGGCGCUUGUUCAGGUUGUCGAGUAUCGGAAAAAACAUGCUAAGUAUACAGAUGUCGGUAUCUGAUCCUGUAGCAGUGUGUACAUGACCAGGUCACAGCAUAUUUAAACAGUCUUUAAAGGCGCUGCACGUUACACACAGGUGUUUUCAUUUAAUCUGAUUAGGCCUCGUCUCAGGUGAAAGUUCAGCGUCGAUGGAAAUGUCCCGCCUUUUACAGGUGCAGCAGAAAUGUCAAUCAGUAACUCUGGUCUAAUCAGGCUGUAAGUGAAGACACCUGUGUGGCUUUACCGCGGCUGUGCAGGCUCUUUAAAAUCUGCCCCACAGCUGCCUCGUGUGUCACCAAACCCCUCAUAAAUACAUCUCAACAUUCUCUCCAUAGUGUUCCAGUCUGCUUUAAAGCCAGUGAGUACCCGUCAGUGUUGGUGGUCCACAAUGUGUGUACAAAUGAAGCUGAAUUUUUAAUGUCCCGGUGCACUUGAAUAUCUGUUUGCCAUGUAUGUGUGCAGCAUCUGAUUCAGGUUGAAAUAUGUAUAGAUUUAUACCUUUUUGUUUUUUCUACACAAAACAUGUUUGUAAUUUAUAUCACAGACAGUAGUUGAGAGAAUAAAUAACUUGUUUUUGUACAUGCUGUUCACUAGCCUGCAGGUUGGGAAUAACUCUUCAAGGUUAUAUACUACCAGAAAAUAGGGUAAAAUAUUGAAGUAAUGUCACCAUGAUGCUUCCCCAGUAAAUGACUUGGAUCAAGAGAGGUUUUUUUUUUGUAUGACAGCUUUUCUGAAAUGUGAUGUCUUGAUGUGAAAAUGAGGCAUUGUCUUGUUUAA